CCCCUCACCAUUUCUAUGGCAAACCUCACACUUAAAAACCAGCAAUCUGUGCCCAUGUAACCACUCACACAUUAUACUGCAUUUAGAACAGAUUGUGAUAAAAACACAUUUGAUAAAAAGGCAGAAUGAGCAACAUUGCAGAGGUUCUUGCUAAAAGACAGAAUAGAGAACAUGGUGUUGGGACAAACAAGAAACCGAUACCCUUUAACAAACAAGACUACCAGAAUCUGAAACGUGAAUGUUUGGAGAAGAAAACAUUAUUUUGUGAUCCGACCUUUCCUGUGGGUUCUGACUCUCUGGGCUACAAUGAACUAGGACCGAAUUCCUCCAAGGUACAAGGAGUGGAGUGGAAAAGACCAAAGGAGCUGUGUGCAAACCCUCAGUUUAUUGUGGAUGGUGCCAAGCGGACUGACAUCUGCCAAGGGGCAGUAGGUGACUGUUGGCUUAUGGCAGCGAUUGCAUCUCUGACUCUAAACAACAACAUUUUGGAGCGUGUAGUUCCACCUGAUCAGAGCUUUUCUGAUGGUUACGCCGGCAUCUUUCACUUUCAGUUGUGGCAGUAUGGUGAAUGGGUGGAUGUUGUCAUUGAUGAUCGUCUGCCUACCAAAGACGGAAAGCUGCUGUUUCUUAGUUCAGCAGAGCAUUCAGAGUUCUGGAGCGCCCUGCUGGAGAAGGCCUGUGCAAAGGUCAACGGCUCGUAUGAAGCUCUGGAUGGUGGCCUCUGCUCUGAGGGUUUUGAGGACUUUACAGGAGGUAUUGCUGAGAUCUAUAAGCUGAGUGAAGCCCCUCCACAUCUGUUUAAGAUCAUUCAGAAAGCAUUUGGGUUGGGCUCCCUGCUUAGCUGCGCCAUUGAUAAAGAAAAAAAGCUAAAGAAAAGCCUAAAACUGAUGAAAGGACAUGCAUACUCUGUCACUGGUGCAGAGGAGGUUCAAUGCCUCGGUCGUACGGUGCAGCUGGUGCGUCUUAGGAACCCGUGGGGUCAUAAGGAGUGGACGGGUGCAUGGAGUGAUAACUCCAGUGAGUGGAAUAGUGUUCGACCGGAGCAGAAAGUGAAACUGAAUUAUUCGGCUGAGGAUGGAGAAUUCUGGAUGGAAUAUUCAGACUUUAUGCUGCAUUUCUCAAUGCUGGAGAUUUGUAAUCUGACUCCAGACAGUUUGACCAGUGAUAAGGUGAGGCACUGGAACUACUGCCAGUUUGACGGCACCUGGAAAGUGGGAUCCACCGCAGGAGGCGGCAUUGACAAUCCAGCUAUGUUCUGCUCAAACCCUCAGUUUGCGAUCAAGCUUGAGGAUGUUGAUGAUGACCCUCAUGAUGGAGAAAAUGGUUGCACUGUGCUGGUGGGAUUGAUGCAGAAAGAUGUGCGCAAAGAUAAACGCAUUGGAAGGGAACUAAAAAGCAUUGGCUUUUAUAUUUUUGAGGUACACCAACACUGGUUACACACGGUUCCAGAUGAGUACAAGGGUCGCAGUAAUGUUCAUCUCGGCUCGGAUGUGCUGCUGGAAAAUACACCAGUUGAAAGAAGCAAAGGUUGUCAAAACCUGCGAGAGAUAAGCAAGCGCUGUAAUUUGCCUCCUGGAGAAUAUGUCAUCAUCCCCUACACUUAUGAGCCCCUUCUCCAGGGAAGUUUCAUACUGCGUGUGUUUACAGAGAAAAAGGCCACCGCCAGCCCAAUGGAUGUUGAAAUCACUGCAAAUAUUCAAAAGGAUCGCAUAUCUGACAGUGAUGUGGACCCAAGUUGUAAAGAGCUUUUUAUGCAGUUUGUUGGAAAUGACUCAGAGGUGUCUGCGAAGGAGCUACAGCAGUUGCUGAACAAAUUUGUGUCUGAAAGAACUGAUAUCAAGUCUGAUGGUUUCAGUAGAGAAACGUGUCGUCACAGUAUCGACCUGCUAGACAAAAAUGGCAGUGGCAAACUUGGUCUGGUGGAGUUUCACACACUGUGGAUAAAGAUCCAGGAAUAUUUGGAAAUUUUUAAGAAACGCGACACAGACAAGACAGGCACUAUGAGUUCCUAUGAGAUGAGAGAUGCACUAAAAGAUGCAGGGUUUCAAGUGAACGGUGAAGUACUUCAGGUGAUAAUCUCACGUUAUGCCAAUAAGCAACAAGCCAUUGACUUUGAUAACUUUGUGGGCUGCCUGAUCAACUUGGAGAUGCGCUUCACAAUGUUUGAAAUGUUCGAUAAUAACACCGGGAAAAUCGAGCUGGAUAUCCAUCAGUGGCUUUGCUUGACCCUCAAUUAAAAAUCAACAAAUUUGCUGCAAAAACAGAAAGAUUUCCAGGAGAAGGAUGAUUUGGCUGAUGGAGUAAAAUCAGACUGAGUGUGUUAUCUAAACCUUAAAUUGUCUUCUAAAGAUCUGAGUAUUGAUUUAACAUUUUUUAUUACGUUUCUUUCAUUAUAAAUUUCUUUGUCUUACCAAUAAUUAUAUUUACUAACAUUGGUAACAUUUUACAACAAGGUUGUAUUUGUUAACAUUAUUAAAAUUAACUAACAAUGAAUGAUACUUCUACAGCAUUUAUUAAUCUUAGUUCAUGUUAAUUUCAGCAUUCACUAAUACAUUUUUACCAUCAAAAGUAGGAACUGUUCACAUUGAUUAAUGCACAAUUAAUUAACAUGAACAAUUGUAUUAUCAUUAACUAACAUUAACAACGAUGUAAAGUGUUAGCCUAACAUUUACUAUUUUUUAUACAUUCAUUCUAUCAUUUCUUAUUUUUAUUACUGUUUAAUGUUCUGUCGGGUGGUGUAUUGUUUUCACGAGUAUGGAUAAGGGAAUGUUUGGGAAGCUUUGACAGUACAAGGUGUCCACUGUCUUUGCUUGGUAUAAUAACACCUGUUGAAUCGGGUUAUAUUCAGAUAAAUUUAGACUUAGUAUUGUAAUGCAACUACCUGUAAAGUUAUUCAAUAAA